UCUCAAGAAAGAAGCUUCCUUUUCCUCUACUGCACUAACCCAAGUAGAACUAGUGUGUGUUUUUGUCCUACAACUGGUACUGUUUGUUUGAUUUGAAAUAUCUGCCCCCCUGCUUUCCUUUGCUUCCUUUUUUAUAUUCGCACUCAUCUUUUUCUUUGCUUUGAAAAAUGAGGGGAGAGAGUGAGAGAAGCGUCUGGAUUUUGAAAAUGGGGGAGACCCAUCUGUGGGAAAAGUGCCCUCCCACUGUUUGGAGUUAGGUAAUGCAUAAAGGGACUCGCUUUUCUGCCAAUUGAUGGCAAUGCCUGUGAAACCUUGAACCUUUUUCAAAUUUUCUGUGGGGUGGUUUUUGGGUUCAGAAAAGCUUUCUUCUUUCUUAUGAUUUGUGUUGAUGGUUGGUGUUCUGUGAUGUGGGUGUUUUGGUCAAGGGUUUUUGAGUUGAGGUGGGGACUGGUGUUGAUUACUGCUCCACUUUUUAAAGAGGUCAGUGGCGCAGUGCUAAUUGCUUCACGUACAAGUUGUUGUUAGUUUGUUAGCUCUUUCUGUGGUUUUUGAGGUGCUUUGGGAUGUGGCCUCUGGGUAUUUAAAUUUAAAUUUCUGCUUUUGGGUAACAAUUUGAGAUUGAAUUGAGUUUCUCUGAUUCCAUGUAUGUGGUCUAGGGAUCUGAUUCCAACUGGGUUUCAAAUUUCAAUACUUGCUUGAUUUCAAGUAGCAAGUUGCUGGUUUUAAAGUGAAGCUCUUCUGGGAUUUCAGUGUAGAAGUUUCUUCAUUUGGAUUUUUUUGUCUUCUCUGAAAGCAGUGCUUAGUUGUAUCUGAUUCAGCUGAGUGUUAUGGGAGUGUUGGUCUUAGCUUGAGUUGGAUAUCUGCUUUGGUUUCAGUGAUGGUGGUGCUGGGGAUCAUUCCAAGGACAUUCCUCAAAUGGGUUUUCUUGGCUUGCUUUCUUGGUUCUUCUUUGGGUCUUGAUGCCCCAAUCCAAUCCUGUGAUCCAAGUGAUCUUCUUGCACUCAAGGGGUUUGCAGGAAACCUUGCAAGUGGGUCUAUUAUCACAGCAUGGUCCAAGAACUCAAAUUGCUGCCAAUGGGAUGGUGUGGUUUGUGAGAGUGUGAAUAAUGGUACAGCUGCAAGCAGAGUCACCAAGUUGUUUCUUCCCAACAUGAGUCUCAAUGGAACAAUUUCGCGCUCUUUGGGUGGAUUGGAUCAGCUGCAAUUGCUUAAUCUUUCUCUGAAUCAUCUUGGAGGUGGGUUGCCAGCAGAGUUCUCAAACUUGAAGCGGCUGCAAGUUCUUGAUUUGAGCUACAACAGGCUUUCAGGACCAGUUUCAGGUGUGCUUGCUAGUUUGAAGUCCAUUAAAGUACUGAACAUUUCAAGCAAUUCAAUCAGUGGUGACUUAUCUGAGCUCGAAGGUUUCUCAAAUCUUGUGGUGUUCAACAUAAGCAAUAAUUCAUUCACCGGUCAGUUCAAUCCUCAAAUUUGUAGCUCUUCCAAUGCAAUUCAUAUUCUUGAUAUGUCUUUGAACCAUUUCACCGGCAGUCUUGAAGGCUUAGGCAAUUGUAGCACCUCUCUCCAGCAAUUGCACCUGGACUUCAAUUCAUUUGCAGGCCAGCUACCUGAAUCUUUGUAUUCCUUUUCGGCCUUGGAGCAGCUUUCAGUCUCUGGGAACUCUCUUUCUGGCCAGAUAAGCAACAAACUGAGUAAGUUCUCUAGACUCAAGACAUUACUCAUUUGUGGAAACCAAUUUGUUGGUGAACUUCCAAAUGUUUUUGGGAACCUUAGUCGACUAGAACAGUUAGUUGCACAUUCAAAUUUUUUUUCUGGGCCAUUGCCUUCAACUUUGGCACUCUGCUCAAAUCUUAGGGUGCUUGAUCUUCGAAACAAUUCUCUAUCAGGUUCUAUUGAUCUUAAUUUCACUGGCCUUUCCAAACUCUGCACCCUUGACCUUGCUACUAAUCGUUUUUCGGGCUUCCUUCCAAAUUCACUGUCAUAUUGUCGUGAGUUGAAAACCGUAAGCCUUGCCAAGAAUGAGUUAAGGGGUUCAGUCCCUGAAGACUUUGCCAAACUCACAUCCCUAUCCUUUCUUUCAUUGUCAAAUAACAGUUUUGUAAACUUGUCUGGGGCACUAUCUGUGCUACAGAAGUGCAAAAACCUCACCAUUCUCAUUCUUACCAAAAAUUUCCUUGGUGAGGAGAUUCCCAAAAAUGCAAGUGGCUUUGAAAGUUUAAUGGUUUUAGCUCUUGGAAAUUCUGCUCUUAAAGGCCAAAUUCCAGCUUGGUUAUUGAGUUGCAAGAAGUUGGAAGUCCUUGAUUUGUCUUGGAAUCACUUGGAUGGCAAUAUCCCUCCAUGGAUUGGUCAGAUGGAGAACUUGUUUUAUGUGGACUUUUCAAAUAAUUCUCUCUCUGGAGAAAUCCCAAAAGGUCUAACAGAGCUGAAAAGCCUCAUUUCUACAAAUAGCAGUCGAUCAUAUCUUACUGCCUCUGCUGGUGUCCCGCUAUUUGUGAAGCGAAAUAAGAGUGCUAAUGGACUGCAAUACAACCAGGCCUCGAGUUUUCCACCUUCAAUAUACUUGAGCAAUAAUAGAAUUAAUGGAACAAUCUGGCCUGAAGUCGGACGACUAAAACAGCUCCAUGUUUUGGAUUGGAGCAGGAACAACAUUACUGGGAUCAUUCCUAGCUCAAUCUCAGAGAUGGAGAACUUGGAAACGUUGGAUUUAUCAUGGAAUAAUCUGUAUGGUUCCAUCCCUUCAUCACUUAGCAAGCUCACAUUCUUGUCAAAGUUUAGUGUGGCAAAUAAUCACUUGCAUGGAGUCAUUCCCAAUGAAGGACAGUUCCUGAGCUUUCCCAACUCAAGCUUUGAAGGCAACCCAGGACUUUGUGGGGAAAUAUUUUCUCCAUGUAAUGCCAAGAAUGCAGGUCUCAAGCCUGUAAUGCCAUCAAGUUCAAGCAGUAGAUUUGGUCGGAACAGUAUCCUUUUAGUAACACUCAGCAUAGGAGUUGGGAUUGCACUGCUUCUUGCAAUUGGUCUACUUAGAAUGUCAAGGAGCGAAGCUGAAAAUCAAAUUGAUGAUUUUGAUGAGGAACACAGCAGGCCUCACAGGUUGUCAGAAGCACUUGCAUCUUCAAAAUUGGUGCUUUUUCAGAAUGCAAGUUGUAGGGAUUUCACAGUUGCAGAGUUGUUAAAAUCUACAAACAAUUUUAACCAGGCCAACAUAAUUGGUUGCGGUGGUUAUGGGCUGGUUUACAAAGCCAACCUACCUAAUGGCACAAAAGCUGCAAUCAAGAGACUUUCUGGGGAAUGUGGACAGAUGGAGCGUGAAUUUCAAGCUGAAGUGGAAGCCCUCUCAAGAGCUCAGCACAAGAACCUUGUCUCUCUUCAGGGCUACUGCAAGCAUGGUAAUGACAGGUUGUUAAUUUACUCUUACAUGGAGAAUGGAAGCUUGGAUUAUUGGCUGCAUGAAAGUGUUGAUGGGAUUUCACCUCUCAAAUGGGAUGUAAGACUCAAGAUAGCUCAAGGUGCUGCUCACGGAUUGGCUUACUUGCAUAAGGGCUGUCAGCCAAAUAUUGUCCAUCGAGAUAUAAAAACAAGCAACAUUCUUCUAGAUGAGAAAUUUGAAGCUCAUCUGGCUGAUUUUGGUCUCUCAAGGCUACUUCGUCCUUAUGACACCCAUGUCACAACAGAUUUAGUUGGAACUUUGGGCUAUAUUCCUCCAGAGUAUAGUCAGACGUUAACUGCAACCUGCAGGGGCGAUGUUUACAGUUUUGGUGUUGUUCUUCUUGAACUUCUUACGGGCAGAAGACCUGUUGAAGUGUGCAAAGGGAAAAAUUGCAGAGAUUUGGUAUCAUGGAUGUUUCAGAUGAGACGUGAGAAGAGAGAGGAGGAAAUUAUAGAUUCAUCAAUCUGGAAUAAGGAUGAUGAGAAGCAGCUUCUGGAGGUACUUGAUGUUGCCUGUAAAUGCCUAGAUCCCAAUCCCAGGCAGAGACCCUUUAUCGAAGAAGUUGUAUCAUGGCUUGAUGGUAUUGGAUUGCAGAGUGAGAAACAAUGAAGAUCCUUGCUGCAUUUCACCUUAUGGAACCAACCUGAGGUUUGAUUAGGAUCCCAAAAUGAAAAGGUAUACCUCUAAGCAACACUGAUGCAAAGUUUAUGGUGUGCAGUCUCAAAUCAACUCUGGUCUCUUGUAGAAACACCCCUUCGUACUAUAUACUCACAGAUUUAAUAUGUAUACAACGGCUAUGUUGGCCCUUUCUAUCUAAAUUCAGCAUUACAAAAUUUCCAGAAUUUGCCCCUUUUCUGUUUUCUGCAUUACGUGCUUUGCUUUGUUCUCUGAUGAAAUUGCCAUUGUCCAAGGCGUCUAGCAGUCGAAAUGUGUUGGCUUUUGUUUCAUUUGCAUAGAAAUUGUUUUUGUUUCAUUGUGCGUACCUGACUUGGAUACAUUGAGUACGAUCACGUUUUGGAAUGUUUUCAUAGCUUUGCAUUUGAAGAUCCGUUCAGGUAAGUAUACUGGUAAGAAAAUAUAUUUUUUUUCUUUCCCUUUUUCUUAGUGAAUGAGAGCCUUUUUUAUUAUUAUUUUUUUUUUAUCUCAAGUCAUUGACGGCUUCAAUAGAUGUUCUCAGGUAUUCAUCAGUAUGGAGUAUAGAUGCCUAUAUGAUAAGGCAUAUUAACUCUUAACAUACAGUGAUUUAUAAUAUUAGAUUCUGUGAUCCUCGGUUAAUUUCUAACUGUCACUGCAUUGCUUUCUGAAAUUUGCUCCACUGUACUUUUCAGUAGUUAAACAGAACACAAAUGUCUCCAUCAGCUGAAAACUGGUUUGUCCUGAAUAAUUCAAGACGUGUAAGCUUAUUAUACUUUUCCCUUUCAACUAAGCUUCAUCUUUGUACCUUUAGAAGGAGAAUUAAGACCAUGUUUUAAGCUCAAGCUCACUUUUUGUGAAGCUUGUUUUGCUGACCUGUGAAUAGAAUCUAUGACCAAUCUAUUUGGGCCUCAAUUAAGGCCUGCUUUUGUGUGAGCCCAAACUCAUAUAUAAACAAAUUGGAAUAUAUGAUGGAAUUCUGAAAGAUAUAACGAAAAAAGAGAAAAAUUUCUCAAACAGAAUAUAAACAAAAUAUCAGAUUGGGAGGGUCACUCUGUGCUUCUAGAACGUGUCCAGACCCUUCCAUGUUUCACUCUCUUUGCUGUGCCACCUUAAUUUCCAUAAUAUGGGACAUUUAUAAUCAUCCGCAAGAAUAGUUUUUUGAUGAGGAAGAAAACAUUAGGGUCACAAACAAAAACACCAAGCCAAAAUGGCAGCCUAGCAACAAUGUUCAUAGCAAGAAGAGCUAUUGCCUCUAUAGCUGCCGGUACUCAACCCUCCACCACAGUCUCUAAGGCUUAUCUCUCCACUGCUUUUGAACGUGCAGAGGGAGCUAAUGAAGUGGCGGAGGCAAGAGAAAACGGGAGUGAUGUUAGUAUGGAAACAGGUAUAGCCCAUACUGAUCCGGUGAAGGAAGGCUUGUUUGAAGCCAAGCAUCAAGACAUGGCCAUGACCACUGACGCCACAAGAGAAGGACAGGUGAAAGCGGCGGAGAUGGAAGAGACGGUGGGAGACACUGCGAAGCGCACUAUGGUGGAGGGAGCGAAACAGGUCAAAGAGGCCGCAUUGGGAGAAGAUGAAGAAGAAGGGCCGAGCAAGAAGAGCUUGAGUGAUGAUGAUACUGAUAGUAUUGAGGAUCUGAGGAGGAGGGCAGGAGGGUAUGAUAAGAGGAAUGGUUGAAGAGGGGUUUAUGUACUACGUUUGUAGCAAAUAUGUAGAGUGGUAAUAUUAGCAUAGCUAUAGCAAGUUUGUAAUGAAUGUCCAUAUCAGAUGGGUUGUAAGGACCUGAUAACA